CUUGUUGUUCUUGCUGUUGUUUCUGUUUACCUGCUUGUCCUUCUCUCGCACACCACUGGCAAGUCGACUUCCACUUUCUAUCCUGCACACCAAAAGCAGGACACAUACCCUCAACUCUCGAUGAGAUCCGCAACGCCAACAGAUAUUCGGGACCCGAAGAGGAAUUUCGACAACCCAUAUGAUGCACGAUUUGGUGUACAAGUUUCGAUCACAGGAGGCGACAAGCCCAAAAAGUCGACCUUGGCCGAACGAGCCGCCAGAUUUGGACGUCACGCAUUUGGGAGCCGUUCUGCAUCUGCCGGAUCCAACUUUGAGUCUCAACGACCAUCUCUGCCAGGGCAUUAUACUGCGAUGAAGAAUGCCUCGGGCUUGUCUCGAGAAGGAUCCAGACUCAGCGCCAGCGCCAGCACAAGCUCACUGGUUUCACAACGCUCAAAAACAAGGAGCAUGCGCGACUCAGUGGCAUCGAGCAUCUACGACGAACCCGAGACAACAGAUCCUGCACCUCCGUUGAAGAUCGCCAAAAAGGCCAUAGUGCCACAGCUACCACCUAUCUGUUCCGAGAGCGACUUGUCGUCCCUGCACACUGCGACUGGACGUCACUCAACGGAUAGCAACGACUCUACGAGGACCGUCACCCAGCCGAGACUCGAGCCAUCCAGGAGCCACUUCAGUUGGACGACAUAUGCAGAGACAGAGCGCAGCAUUUCACCGACCUCGUCUUACAUUGGAGACACAAGUAUCGCACAGGAGCCAGACAGCCGCUUUAGUUGGACGACGACAAGCACCGACACGAACUAUCAACAAGACACACCGCCCUUAAGCCCAACCCCCACGCCACCCGGCUCGAUCAUGUCGCGGCGCCGCCCUGUACCUGGCAGGGAGACAGGUCUUCCUCCAAAGAGGCACGACAGCAUGGGCGAUGUGCAAGACUUACAUGAAACGAGAUACGACAAAGUGCUGCCCCAGCCACCGAAGACAAGACAAGAGCGCGAUCACGUGGAUGAGCUAAUGUCGCGCUUGGAAUCAUUAGAGCUGCAAAAACAGAACAUGCAGAAACUCUUCAAAGACCUGGAAAAGAUAGAAUCAGCUAGUCCAAUUGAGGUGUCUGAAAGAAUGCGACGAGAGAAUCGCAGAAAAAUGGGCGAAGUGCAGACUAGGCAAGACGAGGUACAGAGGGAGUUAUUCGAGGUUGGAAGACUACUCAGCAGAGCCAGGGCAAAGGCUGAAGAGGCGAAUGGAAGUACAGGAUUGUGGCUUCGUCGUGUUACAGAUUGAAGGAAGCAUCCAAGGCGGUGCGGGACACCAGACUCCUACCAGUGUUGUCAUUUGCAUACUUUCCUGCUUCUCUCGGAGCUGGUGAGGGCGAACUCGAUUCAAAGUUUCGAGCAGUCGCCAGACUGACUGCAUGGA